GACUGUCUCGUAUUACGCAAUUAUGAUAAUGUUCGAUUUAAAAAUGAUAAGCUUAACGAUUCCCAAAGAAACUGAUUUGUAAUGCAAAUAUGAAAUCUAAAAAACGAGCAGUUUUUUAUCGCUUCGUAAUUUUAUUCUGUUGAAUUUUUUCACGUGUUUAAAGAAAAAUGAGUUUCAAGACAAGGUCAUGAUUUGAGUGUGCUGAUAAGCAGCAAUCAUUUUGUAACACCAUGUUUCAUGAUAACUGAUAUCGAUCGGUGCUCUAUCUACAAUUACAUUUAAUUUCUAAUAAGGAUGCCCAGCUUACGGAAAAAAGUUGCUGGCUUUAUGCGGCAACUAUCUAUCAGCAACUUGGCUGGUGCUGUAGAAAAUAUAGGUCAAGGAGAACAAACUUUACGUAGUCCCAGAUCGUUAACACAAGAUUUUACAAGUGGUUGCUUUAUUACACGAUAUCUCGAUGGUUUAGAAACAAAGCAAGAAGGGCCGCCAAUUUUGCAUGGUAGAAAUCCGGAAGAACUGCCAAGUAGACAACUUAGAAAUUUUCAAGAAGACAAACAAGUAUUUGCUGCUCAUACUGGUCCAGAUAAUGGACUUGCAGCUGUUAAUCUGCAACAGAAGCAUUUAAGUCUUAACGAUAUCGAUAUUGAUUAUAUAGAUAUGUUAGAUCAAGGUGAACAUAAUAGGAACACAUCUACUACAGCAACACCUACGAUCGCUGGUAUCGCAGAUUGGUUUAAACCCCAUGAAAUGACAUAUGGAAUUGCUACUACAUUAUACGAGAAAAAUCCUACUAAUGAUACAAAUAACGGGGAACCAAUUGCAGAUUGUUUUGGUAUUGUAGCAAGAUCGAAUUCAGCUAUUUUAGCGCUUGCCGAUGGCGUUAAUUGGGGUACCAAAGCAAGUAUCGCAGCUAGAUCUGCGGUACAUGGAAGUAUGGAAUACUUGAAUAAGGCAUUUUUUUCUCCUUCGAUUAAUAAUGAAAUGACAACAACGAAAGACGUUUUUAUAGCACUACUUCGUUCAUUCCAUGCUGCACAUUCGUUAAUUCUACAAGAACAGGGAAUGCUCACGACAUUAACCGUAUGUGCAGUUCUUCCACUGCCAAAUUCUGACUCUAAUACAGGUCAGAAAAAAUACAUGGCUUGUACCUGUAACGUUGGCGACAGUUUAGCUUACGUAUAUUCAAGAAAAUCUGGAGUUAGAGAAAUAACAAGAGGAUCUCAUGAUAUUCACUGUAUGCGCGAUAUGCGCGAUGCACUUGGAGCUUUAGGUCCUGUCGAUGGUUCUAAUCCUGAAUUAAACAAUUUGACCCUUGCAAUGACAGAAGUUGAGAAUGGAGAUAUCGUUUUCUUGACUAGCGAUGGAAUUUCGGACAAUUUCGAUCCUGUAGUUGGAAAAUUUGCUGUCCUGCCAUGCCAUAAUAUUGUACCUGAUUCAGCUGUAAAGAAUAAUCCCGAAGGAAGAUCGAAAACGCGUCGAAAAUCUACAGAAAACUUAAGACACACGGAAUCCGGCAAUAGUAAUAGAAAUAAAUCCAGUUUGCCUGUAGUCGAGGCGUAUCAAAGACACGAACUCACGCUUCUUAGAAUGGAAGAUUUGUUACGACGAGGUGUAUCCGGAGAAGGUCCGCCGUGUAACAGUGCCAAACAUCUAUGCGAACUUCUUUUGGAUUUUGCAGUGCGCAUAACUGCUGCCAAGAGACGAAUAUUGGAAGACACAGAUUUAUAUUACGCGCAAAGUAAAGACGGCCAAUUAGUUCAACUUUCCAAACAAGAGCAGAGAACUCGGCGAAUAAAAACAUUGGAUAAGGUAUCCAUGAUUCCUGGAAAGCUAGAUCACGCAACGGUUGUAGCACAUGUAGUUGGAUCCUUUGAUUCAGAAUAUGUUUUAUAAUUAACCAUGUAAUAUUAUUUAGUUUUUAUUUUUUAAAAAAAAAGUGGUAAAUUAAAUUGUUUUUAUAUAAGACUUUUCUUGAAGCGUUAAGUUAAAGGUACUCUUUUAAAUAUUGUAUAAUUAAGUUGUUUAUACAAUUUUUUUAUUAUUUAAAAUAAAAGAAAUAUAUAUACGUGCUUAUUCUGUA